AUGGAGCUGUGGAGGCAGCUGAGGCAGGCUGGACUGCUGCCCCCAGGGCUGGGCUCACCCCCCAGGGCCUUGAGGGAUGUCCCCCCAUCAGGGAGAGCUGGCCAGACCCUCAUGUUUCCAGAGGCACACACUGAAGGCACUAGGGAGAGUCUGCUGUGGAUCUGGGAGGAGCUGGGGAACCUCCGCAGAGUGGAUGUCCAGCUGCUGGGCCAGCUAUGUAGCCUGGGACUGGAGAUGGGGGUGCUUCAGGAGGAGCUGGCUGCCUUCCUGGAAGAGGAAGAUGAGGAGACCCUCAAGGAAGAGGAGGAGGAUGAAGAGCCUGAGGGGAAGCAAGAGGAAGGAUGUCUGGGGGUCCCCUGUCCAGUCCCAGGCUACCGCCUUCCUGAUUUUGAGAUGACUAUCUGAGGCCAGCGUGUUUCCCAUCGGCAUAUGGAAUUUUAUGCAAAUUUAUGCAGAAGAGGGGUGAUUCACUGGUCAGAUCAACCUGCAAAUGUUGAUUUGGAGUCAACACAUGCUCCUGAGCAAGUGCUUUCCCUGAAGAUGUGCAGUGAGAUUCAGGGAUUGGGCUGUGAGCUGUGGGCAUGUUGAGGAUGAGGCGGGAAGCUUGCAGGGUGACUGUAGGUGUAUUUGCAGGUGAGCUGCAGGAGUGUUGCAGGGGCGAUGAGGGUCUUUGCAAGUUGAAAGGAAAUGCUUGCAGGUGAGGUUUUAGAUCAAGGCUGUCCACUGGCCUCACGAGGCUAUUGAGCAUUUAAAAUCUGCUGGCCCUAACUGAGGGGCAUGCCAAGUGGAACACAUGCUAGAUGAUGACCUUUCAAAGACUUAAUAUAAGAAUAUGAAACAUUUCAAUGAUCUUAAAAAUUAAUUACAUAUUGAAAUAAUAUUUGGAGUAUAUUGUGAUAAAAUAUUACUAAACUAAUUUCACUUGUUUAAGAUUUCUUAAUGGUAAAAUAUACAUUAAAAUGAACCAUUUUAACUAUUUUCAAGUGUACAGAUCAGUAGUGUUAAGUACAUUCCCAUUGCUGGGCAACCCUCACCACCAUCCGUCGCUAGAGCUCUUUCACUCUUGCAGGACGGAAGCUGUACCCAUCGAACAGCUCUCUACGCUCCUCUCCCACCAGCUCCAGGCAACCUCCAUCCCACUUUGUGUCUCUGUGAAUUUGACUACGGUAGGAGCCUCAUGUAAGUGGGAUUGUUGGUGUAAGUAGUUAGCUAGUUAUUAAUAAAGAGGAAGAACAAAGGGAAUCGGACAUUGAGCUUAAUAAACUAGGGAGAUGAAUCAAAGCUUAAUAACCUGGGGAGUUGAAUCCAAUAUUUGCCCUGCUUCUACUAGGAAGCUAUGGCUUCCACAGACCUGUUUACAUACUUGGAGCGGUUGUUGCCCAGAGUGAAGCAGGCAGGAAAGCCUCCCAGGGGGUGCUGCCCCUAGUACCCUUAUCAGAGGGAGGUGGAGGGCAAAUUCCUCUGCUGGGCACGUGGGUAGUAAAAAUGAGGUGACAUAACAGAACUUUUAAGCAUUUGCCAUAGAAGCCAAAAUGGCAACACGAAGGGGAGGAAUCUAGCCUGGGAAAAUCUGGGAAAAGAAUUGGAUUUGAUAAGGGAUGUAGAAGCUGGUUAAGGGGAGGGCCCAACUCAGGCUCGGGGAGAAUUAGGAAUUUGGUUGGUUGGUUUGAAUUGCACCUUGCUUGUCACUGAAAGCCAGGAAAAUGUAUGCAGGAUUAUAAAAUCCUGGGACAGCUGCUGCUUGAGCCUGUGCUCUGUCUACAUUCCUGAUGGCCUAUCAGUUCCCUUACCACAAUAAAAUCAUUCAGGUUAAA